AUGGGGAAGGAGGGAGAGUAUGUUUUGGUUUGUUUUCCUUUUCCCGGGGAAGCCUGGAUGUCUCCUGCCGUGGGAGACCCCUCCCAGCAGGGCCGCGGUGUUGGGAGUGCCGGGGUGCCGGCGUUCGGCAGAGUGGCGGGGGUGCGGGAGGCGCCGCCGGCCCCUCUCCGCUCCAGCGGCCGAGGUGGCGCCUCUCCCGGCAGCGGCCUCUACGCAAGGCCGGGGAUCGGCGGCCUAGUGCUGGCAGCGGGGGGAGGAAGCGAGCGAGGGUUCCCGCGCCCUGCGUGUGGGAGCCAGCCCCCGGAUUUAGUUUUUCAAAUGAGACACGGGAAUGCGAGCUGGGUGGGCAGAAACCCAGGAAGAAGUGGUUUAGGCAUAGGCAGCGUUACCCCCCAGCUCUCUCCUGGCUCCUUGGCUGCGCUGCAGUGGGGGCAGGAGGAAGGGUGGCCUGUGGUACAUGAAGGUGUUCUGUGUGGAACACAAGGCUGAAGCGGGUGGAAAACGAGGUAAUGGGGGCUGAUGUGGUCAGUUGAGGCUUUAGCCCCCACCACCAUCUCCCUCUCAGGGAAACUUAAGAGUUUCACUGCUUUUAUUUUCACUGGGGGGUGAGCUGGUUGUUGCUGCCUUGCUCUGCAUUCACUGGGUGCAGUGAAUAUUGCUGGGUGCAGCUGGUGGCACCCCAAUGACCCCAGUGAUGCUGCAAGGCAGGAGUGGCACCAGUGGGGUGCUGGGAUGUGAGAUGGUGGCCAUGGAAGUUCCUUGGGGCGGCUGGUGCAGGGAGGGACAGAGGAGUCAGCCCCGCCGGGCACAACACAGUGGGGGGGAAUCCAAGAGCGCUUGGCUCUGAGAAGCAGUGAAACCCAGGGAGUGGGGCAUGGCAGAAAGCAGCUGCAGGAGCGAGCAAGAGCCCAGGUUUGUAGUGAGUUCUGUAGUUUGUCCUUUACUUGAUGUAUGCCCCGUUAGCUAUUCUGCUGCACCAGUAAGGUGGUCAAACUGCAGGCAGAGGAAGACUCCCAUGUUUCAGACCAGUGCAUCCUGGAACCUUUUUCCUGGGGAGCUCCAGUCUCAGCUCUACAACCUGCCACUUGCAUCUGAGGGUACUUAUUUGUAGCUGAAAUGUUACAGUCAAUGCCUGGAAGUCAGUCAAGUGUCAGUUCAUUGCCAUCUCAGAAAUACAGUAUGAAAAACUUUGUCCAAAUUCAGCUCUGGCAGGGUUAUCAAUAAGAGCUGUGUCCUUGAUAAGAUAAACUCAAGUCUUUUCUGUUCAUCUCAUUUUCCUAUUAUCUACCCAUCUAGAGGAUAUCCACCCAGUUUGUGAUUCAGUCACCCAGUUCGCUGUCUCAUGCUUCCUUCUAAAGGCAAGAAAACCAUUUUGCUUGUCUGUAGCAUUUUAUUCCUGUCUGGCAAAUGGUUUGUAAUUUGUUGACAAACUGUGAAUAAAGUUCUCUCUAGAUGCUAGACCAGGGAGGAUAAAUGUCUCUGGACUAAAAGGAUAAGAGUUUUGUAGUGGAGAUAUAAAUACUCAGUAUUUGAAUUUUGUUGGUGAUUUGAGUGGACAAGUCUGGACAGAGAGAUUUGGUGGGGGAGAGAAAAGGGGCACUUAGACACAGUGCUUCAUAAAAUAUUUUCUACUGUGUUUCUAAAAAUAUUUGAAAGCCCAAGAAAACAAAAGCUAAACAAGCUUUGCACUUAAAAUUAAUUAUGCAGUAGCUGUGGUAUAGUGUGUAGCAGAACUGAAGUGUUGCUCAUGUGGGUGGCUCACUGUGUGUUGGGUUUGCUGGUGUAACAAGUGCAUGGCUUGGUCUGAAUGUUAAAUGCAACACGGUGAAGAGGCUGGAACGAUGAGGGGACGCAGAAGUGACUGAGUUUGCUGGUGAGGUGGUGGAGGAGGAGGUGUGAGGAGCCAAAAGAGGAGUCUGAUUGGCAGCCUCCUGCAGUGGUUGGGGCAGGCAGGACAGGUGAAGGGUCUGCCACACAUGAAGGAGAUUGCUGGUGUGGAGUCACAUUGCAGGAGAAAGAAAGGUAGUUGUUGUGAGAGAUGUGCAAGAAGUUGUUGGGUAGCAGCACAUGGUGAGUGCUUUGAAGGUGUUGCCGUGAGGGGAUGAGUCUUAUGUGCAAAGUCAUGACAUAAACCUGGAGGUGUGACAGACCUUUAGCAGAGAAAGCUGGUCACCCACUUGCAGGGAGGGAGGAGUGUGGGGCAGUACCAGGGAGCAGCAGUCUAGAGGGGAGAUCAGGCCUAUGUUUUAUGUUUAAAGAAGGCAAUGGAGGGUUUUGGGUUGAAGAACGUUUACUCUGGAAGAUAAGGGUAGAACUGCAGAGCAUAAACAGCAUUCAGGGCACAGAAGGUUGUCUUUUACCAGGGUUUUGUAGCAAGGAUCAAACUGUAGCUGUGUAUUGUGGGACUUACAGAGAUGCUAUAGGCUGGUCAGCCAUCCAGAUGAAGCAAGGGUGGGGGGGGAUAUUCAUGCUGCAUGCAGUGGCAGUAGUGAUGAGGAGAGGAAAAAACAGAAGGGGAGCUUCAGGAUGCAAGAAGAGUUGGGUAACUCUAGAAAAGAGACAUUCUGUAGCCAUUCCCAGUAGUCCUUUGGCUGCACUCCAGGUUUGGGUCAGUAACGUUUGCAUGCCCUUCUCUCUGGGCAAGCAGCAGUAAUCAGUUCUCUCUGUAGCACAGGCUCACAUCCUGCUGUGUAGGAUGUUUUAGCAGCGGGGUCAGGUAGCUGUGAGAACAGGUACUGAUCUCUUCUUCACUCCUUGUAGUGUUUUAAAGGCUGAGCUCAGAAACAGAAGUAGACCAUGUGUAUUGAAAGCUUUUUAAGGUGGUGAUGUGUUUUGUGGAUAUACACAAUUGUAAAGGUGUGCCACAGCAUUUUUGGAAUGCGGCCGUUGACUUGGUGGUGACCAGUUGGACACUGCCCUCCCCACAGUCGCCAAUGAUCUCCCUUUUCAUCAGAUCCUUGGGCUUCUGCUGCACUUCCCUGACUUUUGUUCCCUCCAGCAUGACUCAGGGAGCAGCAAGAGCAGGGCUGCACCUCCAGGCAGGACAAGCAAGUAGCUGAAGGUGAUGGCAGUCACCAGCAAUGCCCUCACUCACAGGGUACAGUCCCACCACACGUGAACAGUGUAGGCAGAACUAGAUGCCAAUAGGAGUGCUCCAUCAGCAGUCCCAAAGAAGAUGAUGUGGUGAAUCUGGUGCAGGUCCACCCAGCGAGUCCAGAGGUAGGAGAUGGUGCCAGAGACAGGACUGGGAACAAGCUGCCUGCAGUGGAGGUCUAAGGUUUGUCCCAGAAAUAGAACUGAGAACAAGUUCACCUACAGUAUAGCUCAGACAAGGCAGGAGCUGGACCUCCGCUGAAACGGAGCUCCUAGACAAUGGACAGAGGACAGAGGUGGGGGUCCAAGACCUGUGUACCUUGGAGAAAGGUCACUGGGAGCCAUUCCAAGAUUUUCUCCCAAACUGCAGAAGAUGAAGUGAAGAUAGCUUUUGAGCCUUCAUAAGGUGCUGCCCACCCCGGUUUAAAGCACUGCAGGACAGGGCUCUGUUCCCUCUCCAAAGAAGUGUUCCCCAGUCUGUGCUGCUCUUGUCUGCUGAAUUUCUGCGUGAAAUCCCCAUUGCAUGGGUUCAGUGCUGUCCUUUUAUGUGGACCACAGCAAGCAAUUUCAUCUCCUUCCUUUACAUCUCCCUUUGUGCUGUAUCUCCAUAAACCUUAUGUAGAUAAGCAACCAUAAUGGAGAGGCAGAAGAGAAAACAAGAAAUAGAGAAAGGACUUCAGUUCAUUCAGUCCACAUUACCCCUAAGCCAAGAAGAUUAUGAGGCCUUUUUGCAGAAGCUGGUGAGAAACUUGUUUGCAGAGGGCAAUGAUUUGUUCCGAGAGAAGGAUUUCAAGCUUUCCCUGGUCCAGUAUGUAGAAGGGCUGAAUGUGGCAGACUAUGCAGCCUCUGAUGAGGUGACCAUCCCAAAGGAACUCCUCUGCAAGCUCCAUGUCAACCGAGCUGCCUGCUACUUUGCCAUGGGGUUGUAUGAGAAGGCGCUGGAAGACAGCGAGAAGGCUUUGAGUCUCGACAAGGAGAACAUCCGAGCGCUAUUCCGGAAAGCCCGUUCCUUAAAUGAACUGGGAAGACACAAGGAAGCGUAUGAGUGCAACAGCCGAUGCUUGCUGUCCCUCCCACAUGAUGAAAGUGUCACACAACUGGGGCAGGAGCUUGCCCAGAAGCUGGGACUGAGGGUUCGAAAAGCAUACAAAAGACCUCAGCAGGAAUUGGAAACAUUCUCACUACUCAGUAAUGGCACGUCAAUCAAUUCAUCAAACCAGACUACUUCCAAUGGAUUGGGCUCAAUAGAUGACAUUGAAACAGACUGCUCUAUGGACCUGCAGCGCCUCCCAGCUCCUGUGGCCACCUCCAUCCCUGUGAAUGAGGGGCUGGCCCCUUUGCCUUCUGACUCAGAUGCAAAGGGCUUGCCCACCUCGCUUCCUGCUGCCGGCUUGCUCCCAUCUCCAGACUGUGUACCCUUGCCAGUGCCUGAGAACACAGAGGACUUCACAGAUGGGGAUAUCAUUGGGGAAGAACUAGACUCCCUCCUGGAUUCCCUUGCUGAAGGGUCACCAUACCCUCUAUCUUUGGUCCAGGGCACCAUUCCUACCAACCUGCCAACAGAGAUGCCCCAGUUGAUUCCUGUGUUCCCGGGGGGAACUCCACUGCUGCCUCCAGUUGUGACAGCCAGCAUCCCUGUCUCUACCCCUCUGCCACCUGCCUCCUUUGGCCUGGUGAUGGAUCCCACCAAGCAGCUCUCCUCCUCCUCUGUUCUGGAUGCCUUUGAGGCCCCACCAGGAGGAAGUGGCGGCUCCACUUUAGAUUCGCUGGAUUCCCUGGAUCUGCUUCCAUACACAGAUACACGGCUUGAUGCCCUGGAUUCCUUUGGGACAAGCAGGGGGUCGCUGGAUACCUUGGAUUCCUUUGCCAUUGAAGAAACUAGCUCUCAGGAACUGCGACACCCACCCGGCAGCCAAAAACCAGCCCCAGUGGUGAGUGAGCUACUGCCCCGUGCCGACGUCCCAGGUUGCUCUGGAGCCAAGGUCAGCCUUGGUGGAGUGAGUCACCCAGCUGUGCCCAAGGCCACCGAGCACCUGCUGUCCCAGCCAGAACCAGUAAUGCCCAACACGGCUCUGCUGGUGAAGAACCCCCUGGCAUCUACUCAUGUUUUCAAACAGGCCUGUCAUAUCUGCUACCCCAAAACAGGGCCCAAGGCUGGCGAUUACACCUAUCGGGAAGGCUUGGAGCACAAGUGCAAGCGGGACAUCCUCCUGGGCAGGCUGAAGAGCUCAGAAGACAAGACCUGGAAGAGAAUCCGUCCUCGCCCAACCAAAACCAACUUUGUAGGAUCCUAUUAUCUGUGCAAAGAUAUGCUUAACAAGCAGGACUGUAAGUACGGGGAUAACUGCACCUUCGCGUACCACCAGGAAGAGAUCGACGUGUGGACGGAGGAGAGGAAGGGGACCCUCAACCGUGACCUCCUCUUUGACCCGCUAGGUGGGAUCAAGCAGAGCAGCCUCACAAUUGCCAAGCUCCUCAAGGAACAUCAGGGCAUCUUCACCUUCCUCUGUGAGAUUUGCUUUGACAGCAAACCCCGGAUUAUCAGCAAAGGGACCAAGGACACACCAUCUGUCUGCUCCAACCUUUCUGCAAAACACAUUUUCCAUGACAACAAGUGUCUGGUCCACAUUGUGCGUUCCACCUCCCUGAAAUAUUCCAAGAUCCGUCAGUUCCAGGAGCACUUCCAGUUCGACGUGUGCCGACAUGAGGUGCGUUACGGCUGCCUGCGUGAGGACAGCUGCCACUUUGCUCACAGUUUCAUUGAGCUCAAGGUCUGGCUGCUGCAGCAAUAUUCAGGAAUGACCCAUGAAGAUAUCGUGCAGGAGUCCAAGAAGUACUGGCAGCAGAUGGAGGCACAUGCCAGCAAACCAGCCAACAGCGUGGCUUCUCCCCGGAAUCCCACGUCAAGCACCUUUGACCUCCAGAUGAAAUUUGUGUGUGGCCAGUGCUGGAGGAACGGGCAGCUGGUGGAGCCAGAUAAAGACCUCAAGUACUGUAGUGCCAAAGCCCCCCACUGCUGGACGAAGGAACGCCGUGUCCUGCUGGUGAUGUCCAAAGCUAAGAAGAAGUGGGUGUCAGUCCGACCGCUGCCUUCCAUCCGUAACUUCCCACAGCAAUAUGAUUUGUGUAUCCAUGCACAGAAUGGCAGGAAAUGCCAGUAUGUGGGCAACUGCUCCUUUGCCCACAGCCCUGAGGAGAGGGACAUGUGGACCUUCAUGAAGGAAAAUAAAAUACUAGAUAUGCAGCAGACCUAUGACAUGUGGCUAAAGAAACACAAUCCUGGGAAGCCUGGAGAGGGAACACCACUCACCUCGCGAGAAGGGGAGAAACAGAUCCAGAUGCCCACUGACUAUGCAGACAUCAUGAUGGGCUACCACUGUUGGCUCUGUGGGAAAAACAGCAACAGCAAGAAGCAAUGGCAGCAGCACAUCCAGUCGGAGAAGCACAAGGAGAAGGUCUUCACCUCAGACAGUGACUCCAGCUGCUGGAGCUACCGCUUCCCCAUGGGCGAAUUCCGGCUCUGCGAGAGGUUCCAGAAGAACAAGACCUGUCCUGAGGGAGAGGAGUGUCGCUAUGCCCAUGGGCAGGACGAGCUGACGGAGUGGCUAGACCGGAGGGAAGUGCUGAAACAGAAACUGGCCAAAGCUCGCAAGGACAUGCUGCUCUGCCCCAGGGAUGACGACUUCGGGAAAUACAACUUCCUAUUGCGCGAUGACGUAUAGUGUGAGCUGGGGGGAGUCUGUGAGCUGCAGAAACACGGGGUGGGUUUUCUGAAUGGCAGUAGCAGGGAGAGCGAGAUCUCUGUCUCACAGAGAACUUUUUCUUUUCUUUUGUUUUAAGAUUAUGAGACAAUGAUUUAUUAGUGAAUGAAUUUGUGAAUUUGAUUCUCGUUGGCCAGCGACGCCAUGCUCACUGAGUUUGUGAUCCAUCUUCUCUCUCUUCUUUCUCCCAAAUUCUCCUUCCACUUCAUCUUUUUGUUUUCACUGUCCUUCAUUCAAAGGAAUUAAUUCAGUCUGUAUUGGGCUGCAAAUCAGAGAAUUUCUCCUUCUGUCAUUCUUCUGUCUUUCAAUUCAGAGUAUGACUGCAGAGGUCUGGAGGACAAAGCCGAGAGAGAGGGACAGAAAAGUUGUGGAUGCCCCAUCCCUGGUACUGGUCAAGACCAGGUUGGAUAGAGCUCUUAGCAAUGUGGUCUAGUGGAAGGUGUCCUUCUAAAUGACAGGGGGAUUGAAACUGAAUGAUUUUAUGGUCCCUUCCAGCCCAGACUGUUCUAUGAUUUUAUGAAAUCUGGUGAAAAGGUGACCAUGAAUUUCGUAUGUUCCUUUUCUCAGUGCUGCAGACUAAGCGCCACUUACUCUGCUGCAGCCCUCUUGCUCUUCUGGGAGUUUAGUAUCAGAAGGAGUUGUGGUGCAAAGAAGGAAAACCACUAGAUUUGGCUUAAGAGAUCUAGGCUUAUGCUCUAGCUGUCUGUAUUGCCCUGAGGCAUCAGCUGGUGCUGAGGAGGAUAACAGCUGUGUGGUAUAAGGAGCACAAGGUAAAAGGAGCAAAGUAAUGAAACUGCUUGCAGCAGCAGGAACCAGGUUGUAGGUGACUGUAAUCAGAAAGCAAGUUGGUGACUUCUCAUUAGAUGUCUUUUUUAGUGUGUGGCGGGUGUUCAGGGCAGAUAGCUUGGGUUUGUUUUUUCGGCUGGUGUGACUGGUGCAAGUAAAACAGAACCCAUCUAGGAGGUGUAGUGGAAUCUGUGACGCACCGUGUGUCACUGAGUCCACACAGCAUUAUCAGUCAGGAGGGAGGUGGUCACCAAAAGGAGCCUGUGUUUCUGUGUUGCCUUGUGUCCUGAAGAGAGGGAGGGAGGGAGGGAGGUAAUAAUGUUCUUUCUUACUCUUUAAAUGGCAUGUGUUUCUGGUUACUUAGAGCUGCAUUUUUCCCUGCACUGCCAGAAGAACUGGGUGGGGACCCAUUUAAAAGGACACCAUUGCGCAGCACAGGAAACGUUGAGCUAAUGGGAAUCCAGCUGGAAGCGCUUACCAGUACCAGAGGUCCAGCCCCCUCCUCCUCAGAGCCAGAGCAGGGAGCUUGCGGAUGCACAAUGCAACCAGGAUGCAACCCAGAGCAGGGGCAGUGGUGGAGAAGGAGUGGCACAGCAGGACCCAGCAACGGCCUGCUCUUGUGCUGCCUGAUGUGUGCUUUGAUGAGUAACCAGUAAUGCUGAACUCUGGGACAGAAGUUUUGCUUUUAGAAGGGGCAGCAGUGAGAAGCGGUGCUGCUCCGCAUGCCAGCCUUGUCCUUUCUGUCAGUCUCAUCCUGUAAGCAGUAAACAUGUUCCCUGUUCUGAGCUUCCCUCUCCUUCUCUCUUCUGCAGUCCAGCUGUGCUCUGCAGUUUUGCAUGCAUGGAUGGCACCAUCCAAUCAAACACAAACACAUCUCCCUCCCAGCCUUUGUCAGGGAUGCCUUUUUCAUACAGGUUCUCCUGGGACAGCAGUCUAGGAGCCCUUGGGGCUGGUAGGGCUGUAUCCAUGGUAAAUACAAUCUGGCCAUGAACUGCUUGGUGUCUUAGCAUUGCUGCAUCCUCCCAUCCUCUCUGCUCCCAUAUCCUUGGGGUUCAGAGCUUCAGAAGAGAUGGGAUGUGGAAAUCGGGAGAUGUGGAGAUGGUGUGGGGCAGCUGUCACCUUUCUAAACCAGCCUUCAGGAGGGUGCUUCAGCUCCACUGGGACAGUUAGGGUCCAGUUAUGGAGCAGAGUGCUGGAAUCUUUCCAGAGACGCAGUGUGCUCUAAGUAAACUGAAUGCACUUCUGCACUUAGAAUCAUUAAGUUGAAAAAGACCUCAAAUAUCAUCAAGUCCAGUUGUUAACCUGGCACUGCCAAGUCCCAGACUAAACUGUGUCCCAAAGUGCCACAUCUACAUGUAUUUUUAAAUACCUCUGGGGAUGGGGACUCGGCCUCUUUCCUGGGCAACUUAACCACUUUUCUGCUAAGCUUUUUUUCCUCUCCCUUAAAAUAUGGAUGGUAGUCUCUGGUUUGGUAUGAGCAAUAUCAGACAUGGCAGUUUUUGAGUGGUCAGGUGCUGUAUUUUCUCCUCUGUUCUUUGUGGUAGCUAUGGUACCUUCUCCUGGUCAUCCUUGUGCUCAAGUGGUCCAGCUUUAGAGAUGGGAGGAGACAGGCAUCAGCUCCUGGGUUAUCUUCUUCUGCUCUUCUUGGGCAGAGAUGCCAAGGAAGGAAAUCUGGAUUGGGGGACACUGGAAUGUGUUUUUUAUUUUUAAAACAAACCUGCAUCUCUAGUGUGACUCUAGCGUUCGCUGAGCCGUGAUUUCUCAUGUAACCUAAACAAGCUACAGAGUGGGUCACUGUCCCUUCUCCCCGUCUCUGCAAUGAGAGCUGAGCUGCUCAGUGGGGCUUCAGAGGUUCGGGCUGGGGCCGAGAUGGGGAGAGGGUGAUGUGAGGUGAGGGAGGCCACAGUCAUGGGGGUUGCAUCAAGUGUCUCUUUGUUUUCCCUGAUAUGAUAACCUGGUCUGUGGUGUUGCAGUACUUCGUCACCAGACUUGUUUUAGUGUGUAUAUAUGUGACCCUUCCCAUGAAGCAUAUAUACACAGGUAUUAAAUAUAUCGCUCUAUAUAAUAUUAUAUGUGUGUGGUAUCGAAGGAAUCUUUUAAAUGAGGGUAAAGGAAAAGGACUCAGGCCAGGAAACGCAGCAUCUCCAGUUUAAUUAUGAAGCCUUGUAUUUGGGAUAGGGAAAGGGAAAUAAGAAAAGAGGGGAGGGUUUUAUAUAGAUAGGUAUAAACUUUGAGAUGGGACAGGUUUCCCUGUUCACAUUUUUGAAACCCUUUAGGAUGUCCUUGCAGUCCCAUCUCAGUUAGAGAGUAUUAUACUGCUAACUAGUGAGUAAAGUUUUAAUAUAAGGCUUUGCUUAUAUUAUUUAAAGGGACAUUGUGAAAGGCAGGAAGUUUCACACUUGACUUCCCAGGCUUGCUUUAUCAGGCCAAGAGGGUUUUCUUCAGCACAUUAUGUGCUCUCAGCAGAAAUGCUCAGUGCUCACAACUCUACAGCAGAUAAACCACAAAUUGUAGAGGCUGCUUUAGUGGUGUGUUCAAAAGACCCUGUGAUAACUCUCUCUUCUUUAUUUGUGUGAGAGAAGAAGAAGAAAAUUCUGCAGCACAGAACCAAAUUCGAGGGUUUUUAACAAAGAAAGUGAUGUUUUAAUUUUAUAACAUUAGAAGAAAAUCUCGUAUCCUGUAAAAUAACCACAGACAUUCACACAGAGCAGAAACUUACUAAAUGCUGAAGUACUUAGUGAAAAUCUUUUCCCAAAUUCUUUGGUAGGGGUAGGGAUUUAGGUGACACUGGCAUUGGAGUUAACCAGGCCUUUACAGGGAGAAGUUAAAAAAAAACCCAACAAAACAACAACCAACAAAAAAUACCCUACUUAGCUUGUAUGAAACUGUAUGUCAAAAAUUGAUGGGUUUUAGCAAGUGAAAGGAAAAGAUAGCAAGGGGAUGCUGCAGUUCUGAGCUGGGUAGUAAUGAUUUUGAGUCCUUUAAUAUGUCUUCAUAUUAAUAUAAUUUAAGAAUACCACGCUUUACUAUUAAAAAGAACUUAGUAUCUUUCAUAAGGUCUAGUAUCAGGAUAAAUAUGUAGAUGUUUUAACAACAUUUUUGUUUUUGUUCUUAAAUAAAGAAAGAAAAACCAAACUUGCUUCUUUUAGCCUUUGUAAUAGAAAAUAAAAGUGUGCACUUUAAACCCUC